AUACACCGGAAGCUUUCUGUCUUCCUAAUGUCCCCUGUAUAAGUUUGUUAGUGCAAUUAUGGAAGAUUGCUGUUGGGUUGAAAUAGAAACAGCUGAGCGGGAUAAACGACGAGAACUGGUGCUUCAGGGUUCUAAGGUUGACAGUCGAAUAAGAGAUGGUGGAGGAUACUUGCCACCACAGUUGUUUCGCCUUUCUCUACUUAAUUACCUGGAAGUGAGUCAGUGUCGUAGUCUUCAGGAGUUACAGCCAUCCAUUGGAAGUCUUACGCAACUACAGAGUCUAAUCCUAUGCCAUAACCAAUUGACUGCAUUGCCAGCUGCAGCUUUAGGCCAGCUUCGAAACCUCCGGGUAUUGGAUGUCUCUAACAAUCAUCUGCAGUGUCUCCCAACUGAGCUACGUAACCUGAACGAACUGAAUACUAUAAAUGCAAGCUGUAAUCGUUUGCAAAUCUUACCCGCAGAGUUGUGUAUGUGCCAGAAGCUUGCUGUACUUAACGUAUCCCACAACGAGUUAUCCCGCUUCCCCGACGAAUUCUUUAUAUCUGGCCGGCUUUCAGCUCUCAGCACGCUUUCCGCAUCUGAGAAUGCGAUUGAGGAACUGCCGGGUGAUAUUUGUAACUUACCUAGUUUGAAGGUAAUGAAUGCAAAGGGAGUACGAAGAUUUUAUCUUGCUAGUGAGAAAGUUCUUCAUACCUUGGACUUGGAAAAACAGAACAAGCUCCAUGAUGAAAUUUGUGAGAAGAGAACAGUAGCAACCAUUGCAACUCAUGAGCUGAAGAAGGUGAAGGGUCCUCUACUUUAUGAUGCCAGACCUCCCCAGACUUUAAAGAUUGCUCCAUUGGGCCGUAAUGAAGUAAAGGCAGCCAACCUUCUACAGCAACUAAAACAGGAAGCUGAAGAACUAAGGAAACAGAAAAAGCGACCCAAUGUUUCUGGGCUGCACAAGUACCUACAGUUACUGGAUGGAAAAGAAAACUACCCUUGUGUUGUAGAUGCAGACGGUGAUGUCAUUUCUUUUCCACCAAUCACGAACAGUGACAAAACAAAGGUCAGUAAAACUACAACUGAUUUGUUCAUGGAAGUGACCAGUUCUGUCAGUCUGCAGGUCUGCAAAGACGUAAUGGAUACACUUAUUCUGAAAAUGGCAGAGCUAAAUAAGUUUACUUUCACCAACAAGGAAACCGAGGCGUCAUCAGAUCCAGAAACUGAUCCAGCUGAUCUAAAAUCUGCUUUGGGUGAAGUUACUGUUGGAGGCAGUGAGCAGUCUGGCAGCCCUGAAUUGACAGUGGAACAAGUUCGAGUUGUAGAUAUAGAUGGAAAUUUGAAAGUGGUGUACCCUGCCAAAACGGACCUGAACAUGGAACUGUCUUCUCUAACUGUAGUACGAUGAUUAUAACUUGGAACAUCUGAAUAAUUAUCUUUUUGGUGGUCUGUACUCACAGAUCAGCUUCAUUGAACUUCAUGCUUUUAUAAUUAUCCGUUUUAAUAUAGUAAAAGUAAUGCACUAACUUUGCAAAAGAUGUUUGCUUUUCAUAUCCAUAUUCAGGUUUACAGUAAAGGGAAUUUAGUUUUGCAGCAGUGACAUAUGUAAUAUGAUCUGUUUUAUUUAUAAAUUGUUGGGUAACAGAUCAGAAUUGUUUGAGUUCAUUUUGGUGCUGUACAUUUGGGACUUGUACAGAAUUAGACACUGCAGAUUAGUAAAACACUGCAGUUAUGGUUAUGACUAGAAUACCAAUGAUGCUUAGUUGAUUUAUUUUCAUCGGGGGACUGCAGCUGGCCCUGAUGUAUGACAGCAUCUAAAGUAACAUUUAUUUGGUGAAGUUGGAGUAAACAUCUCCACUCCCCCAAGCUCACUGUAGCUCAUUCCGAGGACUGACGUCCAUUGAACUGUCAGCUUAACAUUUUGCUGCAUUUUCUUGCAGUUUUGCAAGUAUAAGGUAAACAAUGUGUAUGUCUAGAGCAUUAAGAUGUACCAAUUGCUGCAGAGGAAUUAUUUGCUCAAGUCUUUAAAGUUGUGUAUACAGAACUGAACAUCCCAGUGUUGAGAUGCUGUUGCUUUAGCUAGCUAUAACAACACUGAAAAUCUGCCUUUGCCUUAAAAUAAAUCUGCUCAAAUAAAACAGAGCGUUGCCUUGGUUACAGAGCUCUUUCCUGCAAAUGAA